AUGUCGAAGAGCACGGAGGCUGGCAGGAGUGGCAGCAGGCGGUGCGCCGCGUGCAAGAACCUGCGCAGGAAGUGCGCCCAGGACUGCAUCCUCGCUCCCUACUUCCCGGCAUCGGAUCCCCAGCGAUACGGCUGCGUGCAGAGGGUCUUUGGCGCCAGCAACAUCGCAAGAAUGCUCCAGAUACUAAUGCAAGAUUUGGCAAAAAGUUGCGAAGUAAUGGGCGUGCCAUUUCUGGUCGUGUACAUGCAGAGCCUCCCUGCCCACGAGCGCGGCAAGGCAGCGGACACGAUAGCGGCGGAGGCGCGCUGGCGGGUGCAGGACCCGGUGUACGGCUGCGCCGGGAUCGUGGGCCGGCUCCAGGGAGAGAUCAAAGCCGCGCAGUGCGAGCUGGCCUGGACCCGGGCCCAGAUCGCCGUGCACGCCGCGGCGGCGGCUCGCCCGCGGCCGGCGGUGGACGCCCGGCUGAGCGCGCCGGCGCAGGCCGCUCCGCCUCCGCAGCAGCAGCAGCAAGGCGACGCGCUGGUGAUGCAGCUGGACCCGUUCCAGGGGUUGGAUGCCUUGCUCAUCGAUGAUUACCGCGUGGCGCGUGGUCGUCGAUCUGGGUUGAUGAUGAGAUGA